GGGCUGUUCAUGACGGUGACUGGAGGCUGCUAAUUCUGGCUGGGAGCACGGCAGCCCCUCUGCUCAGUGUCUGAGAGCAGCCCGGGAACGCAGCUGCCGCUCAGCGCUGCAGGGAGGGACCAGCCCCGGCACUGGCUAGGAGUCUGGGCAGAUUGGCCAUCACCCCCAGUCCCAGCCCUCGGGAGAGGAAAAUGAAAAGCCCCCUGGUGCUGACGGUGCUGCUGUCCUUAGUGGCGGCCAAGCUGUGUCACGGCUACUGCGAAGGGACGGAGAAGCAACAGACGGCCAGCGGGAUCCAGGCGAAGCCGAGCUCAGACCUCUACAAGCUGCCCACGGCCCUGCUCAGGAGACUCUACAAUGGCCACCGGGUCUCCUACGAGGAACUGCUGCAGCUGGCGGGCAAGGACGAUGCCCGUACCAAGAUGCCCAUCCCCCCUCAGAAACGGGACAUGCACGACUUCUUUGUCGGCCUCAUGGGCAAAAGGACCCCAGAGCCCGACGACCCCACAGACAGGAACAAGGAGACUUCCACUGGCUUCGGCGACCUCAAAUAUCCCCCAAAUGCAGAAUGAGGUGCCCACGCUGGGGACAAGCAAAGCGCCCGCAGCGCCUCGAGAAAUGGAGAUGAAGCCGCUCGCCAAAGCCCGCCGUGCUCUCAACCGAACGGGAACCCUUCGCCGUGUCGUGGAGAACUCUUCCCCCCUGCCCCAUCUCGUCCCCACUGCCCCAUUCCAGCCUGCGCCUCGUCCUAACGCUAGUGCUCACUGUUUGGAAAUAGAAUAAUGUCCCCGCCCCAUGGUGCUUUCCCCGCCGUGUGCACCGGCUGCAGACACCCCGGGCAGCCAGCAGAACCCCCUUUGUGGCGUAGGUUAAAACCACCCUUGACUAGUCAAUAACACCAUGAUUUUUACCUAUGA